ACACAUCACAAAAGUAAUAAUAAGCUUUUUAAUUGAUUACCAUUCUUCAUUCUUUCAAAUUGUCUUUCACCUUGGUCCGACGACAAUACCCGGCGCCAACUUCUAUAAAGGUCCUCAAAAACGCACUGUCCCAUGUCGACCAUCGGAAAUCAACUUCAACCUGAAAUUCUUCCGACAAGUCGAAGCUCUAACACUGCUACUACCACUAUAGCAAUAAACGACCAUGCGGCUGCUAACAAUAAACAGAGAAACUACCAGGUGUUUCCUGGCCAAAAUCGAUUUUUCUGCCAGGGUCGACUUAUGACCAGUAGAGAAUAUUGGGCGUUUCUGACAGCACUGGUUAUUCUACUGGUCCCCAGUGCACUUUUUUUUGCCUUUACGUGUCCGUGGCUGUGGAUCAACAUUCACCCCUCUGUUCCAAUUAUAUUCGCCUACCUGUUUGUAUUAGCCAUGGCAUCCAUGCUCAAGACAUCCUGGACAGACCCAGGGAUCGUUCCUCGUAACCUGCAUCCAAUGUCGACGACUGCCAGGGACCAUAAUCGAUAUUCUGUAUCAUACGAUGACAUGUGGCCGCAAAACAUGCCGCUACCAAAGGAAGUCCAAGUGAAGGAUCAAAUUGUUAGGCUGAAGUAUUGUGAUACCUGCCAGCUAUAUCGUCCUCCGAGAGCCAGUCAUUGCAGACAGUGUAAUAAUUGUGUUGAGAACGAAGAUCACCAUUGCAUCUGGCUAAAUAAUUGCAUUGGCCGAAGGAAUUACCGAAGUUUCUUUGUAUUUGUGACUGUGGCGACGCUGAUGUGCUUUUAUGCCUUUGCAUUUUCAUUUGUUCAUGUCUAUACUCUAUUCACAUCCAAAUAUCCGUACUCGUUUGUGGAUGCAUUGGCUGCCGCUCCUCUCAGCUUUGUUGUAUUUCUCUUAUGUUUUGUCCUGAUGUGGAGCGUAGGUGGUCUGAGUGGUUACCAUUGCUACCUGGUGAUGAGAAAUGUAACCACGCACGAGCAACUACGAAACUCCGUCAUGAGUCGACCCUACCCACCGAAUCCAUUCAACUUUGGUAAUGCUGUGUCCAACUUUUGGUAUGUUCUCUGUCGACCGCAACCGAAAAGUUACAUCGGACGCCGCAAGCAAUUUGUACCCUCAUCUCCAUACCCGUCAGCCGUAGAUAACAAUACUUCAGAGCCAGUUUGGAACUAUGGAUAGUAAUCUGUAUCUUUGCCAAAGGAACUGUUAUAAGCUGGUUGUAUUUUCCUUACAAUGUUUCCUGUCACUUUCUCCUCCCUCCGUACUUCUUGUA